AUGGAAUAUGUCGCACCUAAGGUUGUGAAUGGAGAAAUAGAGAUUGAACUUGACGAUGAUGAUGCAGCAUCAGAACUGCAAUUUUGGGAAAAUUCCCUUAUUGUUCAUGUCCUAGGUGAAGAUAUAAGUAUGAAUAAGAUGAAGAAUUUUAUGGUGAAAACAUGGAAUUUUGUCCAUCUCCCAGAGCUUUAUUAUCAUGAUGAGGGCUACUUUAUUCUUCGAUUCAAGACUCUUGAUGACAUGGAAGCUGUGUUGAUGAAGAGACCUUACACUAUACGAAACGUGCCAAUGAUUAUCUUUGACUGGAGACCUGAUUUUAAUGUCAAGGCAGAUCUAUUGAGAACUCUUCCAAUCUGGGUUAAGCUUCCUCAGCUUCCUUUGCACCUGUGGGGAGCAAAAAGCCUUAACAAAAUUUGA